AUGGGCGGCGAGCAGGACCCACCCCUUGUCGGGACGGGGUGGUUCCCCGGCAUCACUCCAGAGGACUUCGGUGCCGGGAAGGCGUGGUUAGAUGACAUCAUAUCCCCCGCCUUGAUCGUCAACGAGGCCCACGUCCGUCACAACGUAAAGACGAUCAUCGGGAAAUGUGGCAGGCCCGACCGCUGGAGGCCGCACCUGAAAACGACCAAGAUGAAAUGGGUUUGGAGGAUACUGAUUGAAGAGGGGGUGAGAAACUUUAAGGUGGCGACGACAAAGGAGGCAGAGGCGAUGAUUCAGCUCGUGCGCGAGAUGAAGUCCCUGAAGCACACCGUCGACGUACUGGUCGCGUACCCACUAGUUGGACCAAACCUCAGAGCACUCGGACGAUUGACGAAGACGCCUGGGGCCAGCCAGAUUAAGCUGUCGGUGUUGGUGGAAUGUGACCGGGCGAUUGAUGACGUCGUGGCUCUCGACUGUGGUAUCGGUGUGUUCAUUGACAUCAACCCUGGCAUGGAUCGCACCGGUCUCGCCUACAACAGAGAUGGAGAGGCUCAACACUCUUUUGACGAUGUCCGUGAGUUGAUUAUCAAGGCGAAAUCGAGGAACGUUUUCCGCGGAAUACACUACUACGAGGGGCACAUAUCAGAGUGUUUGGCAGAAAGGGAUGGACUUUCGCCUAAUCAAAGCAUCUUGAAAGAGAAGCUCGAUUCCCGUGCGUCUGACUGCUUCAGGUGUUACAACCGCUGGCUACUUCCUAUAUUCCAUGAGAGUCUUAAGGAUGGAAAGCUUCCCGGGUGCGGAGGGAUCAAGCCCGAGAUAAUAACAAGUGGGACGCCGGGUUUCACUCAUGCGUUGCGCCACGAAUUGUUCCUAGGUGGGAUGAUAAUCAUUUCUGAGCGCGUGCUAUAUAGGUACAAACAAGAUCUGAGGGGGUUACCCGUCGACCGAUCAGAAGAGGCAAAACUCUCUGACAGCCUCUUCCACGGGAUACACCGAGUGAGCCCUGGCACUGUGGUCUUCCAUGAUUGGCGGGGGGAGAGGCAAAAUCCUGGGCUCGGCCUCAAACCGGCGGCGGUGGUCAUGGCGAGGGUCGUGAGCAAUCCCAGAGCGGGUAUGGUGACGCUAGACUGUGGCUCAAAGUCAAUCGCAGCUGAGGCUGGGGACCCGGCUGGUUACGUCAUUGGCUAUCCUGAGGUAACCGCCAGGUCGUGCAGCGAGGAGCACAUGCCUUGCUCUGUAGCUGAAUUAGCGGGUUCCUCGGGCAAGCGGAAACGAGGAGCGACGGACCCGUGGCAAUCCAAGAAUAGAGGUGAGGUCUGCUUUGUUGUCCCGGAGCACAUCUGUCCUACGGUGAACCUGGCCGACGAGGUGGUGGUAAUUCGCGAGAAGUCGAGUGAGAUUGAGGUCAGGAGGGUGGACGCGCGGGGUCACCACCUACGCCUAGAGGAUAUCCAGGUGUAA